ACCAUCUGGCAACGCUACGCUCAAGAGUGUAAAAUUUGUUUACUGGCAUUUAAAUAUCUGCGAAUUUGGGCCACAAAGCCUGACUCAUCCAACCAGCACCGAUGCCCGGAGCGACUAGAUGAGUGCCUGGCUGACCGGGCCACGAACUUUCGCACCAGCCGCACGCAAAACACUGGAAACUAUGAGUUCGCACUACGCGGAAUCGGAAUCUUCGCAGUCAGAGAGCAAAAUGGACAUCUCGGAGACGCCGACGGACUCCACGGGCGUCUCGCCGCUGGCCGAUGAAGUGGUGUCCACUGGCGAGCCGAAGAAUAUCCUGGAAUUGGAGAAGGAGGAGCAGAAGGAUCUGGAGACGACUAACUCCGCUCUGGACAACCGAAUACUGCGUCCGGAGCUGCUUCCCCUCGUGGAGGCGAUGCCCCAGCGACAGGCCAUCGAACGAACCUUGGCCAACAGCCAUCCGCUGAUGAUGUCGCCCACGAACACGGACUCCGAUUCGGAGCCCUUCCAGAAGCCCCUGAAGAAGCCCUCCGAGAAGCAGGCGCCGCGGAGCAACUUCCCGGACGUUGUGCCCGCCACGGAGACGCAGGUGCAGGUGAAGAAUAGCUUGAAUCAAACCAGGAACAAGCCGCAGGACGCCAAGGUCACUUUGCUGAGGGCCAACAGUCCGGACAUCCUGAGCAGCGAAUCGGAGGCGGAUGUGUCCCAGUAUCUGGCCGCCGUGGAGUCCAACUUUCAGUCGGUCUCCCUGAUGCCCAACAACGGCAAUGGCAAAAAGGCCAAGAAGUCCGGUGGCGAGGACAUCUCCAGCCUGGACUCCAUCUCGAAUCACAGCUUCGACGACGACGAGGACAUCGAGCACAAUCUGGCCUCCUUGAGCCCGUCGAGCUCCCUGAUCGAUGGUUUGGACGGCGAGGAUGACGACGACGAUUGCGAGGGUCCGGAGCUGCUGCCCGACCACGAUGACGAUCUGGAACUGGACCUGGAGUUCGGUUUGGCCACCACGCCCACGCCAAAUGUGGCAGCAUCUGCUGCCGCUGCCUCCAGUCUGCCACAAUAUACGGCUGCCGAGGAGCGGCGAGACUCGCGGAACUGGCAGAAGAUCACAUUACCGGAUGGCAGGACCAGGGAGAUCGACAUGCGGGUCAUCGAGCCCUACAAGCGUGUGCUGUCGCAUGGAGGUUAUCUAAAAUCUGGCGGCCAAAACGCCAUAGUCAUCUUCUGCGCCUGCCAUUUGCCGGAUAGAUCGAGGGCCGACUACAGCUAUGUGAUGGACAACCUGUUCUUGUACGUGGUCAAGACUUUGGAGCAGCUGGUCACCGAUGACUAUGUGCUGAUCUAUCUGCAUGGCGGCUCUAAUAGGCGAAAUGUGCCGCCCUUUCCCUGGCUCAAAAGAUGCUACCAGCUGCUGGAUCGCCGGCUGCGCAAGAGCCUCAAGCACAUGUAUUUGGUGCAUCCCACUUUCUGGAUCAAGUCUUUGGUGUGGAUGGCAAGGCCUUUUGUGAGCACAAAGUUCUGGCGCAAGCUGGUCUACGUCAAGUCCCUGGAGGAGCUCGGCAGUCACGUGGUCGUGGAGAAGGCGGCCAUUCCGGAGAAGGUCAAGCAAUACGACGCCAAACGGCACUGAGGACCCAGACUUGUUUUACUCAACAAACGCUAAUGCAAACGCAACGCAUUCAUGCCACACUCGCUCUGCAUUCCUACCCAUCUUCAAUACAGACUAAGGCUAAUCCUCUCUCGCUAUGCUUUAAUUUAAGAUCUCAAUCUUUGUGAUACUUUAUGUUUGCCUUCUCUCAGUCGAGUCGAAUCCGGAUUCCCCCUCCUGCAUUUUUCCGUGUGAAGCGUGAAGGCGUUCAGCAAGAAACAUCGAACAAGUUUUUGUAGUUCUUUAUUGGCAAAAAGGAUAGACAUCGUAGAAUUCGUAUUAGUAGAUCCUAUAUAUACACCCGCAUACAUAAUGAUACCAUGUAGUUAUCGUGUAGCUUCCGCUUCAUAUAUAUAUUUUGUAAUGGAACAGACAUAUGUAACCAGAAACCACCAAACUUCCGAACAUGUUACCUUUUCUUUGUGAAAACCCGAAGUUGGAACACUAAACUGAAACUUAAGCAUAAGUAAUUGAAAAUCUUUAGCUGAAUUUUGCAUCCAAUAUCGUAUGUCGCAUAUUGUAUAUUCCAAGCGUUCGAAGCACGUCGAUUUCGCUGACACUGAGAGACCCCAUGCCAGUGGACAGCCCCCAUUUAUAUCUCAUCCACCAUCAGAGUUAGCCGAUUAGUCUGUAAGUGAAAAGAAACUAGCGACCACACAUGUAGAAUCUCUCUAGCGGAUAAUGUGACGUACAAUUAGGCAAUGUGUAACCGUAACCGAUUGAUAUUAAGAGCGACAUUUUGUUGGUUUCCUUUUACCGCUUUAAACAAACAAUAAUAAUAAAGUGCAAGAUGAUUUUUUAUUUAUUAUACGCAAUAAACCUAUGAGUAGUAGCUCUGGUCGCAGUCCCA